AUGUCAGAUACACUUGCUGAGAUAGGCCAAAGACUUGAACGGUUGAAGAGCAACACUUUUGAGAAGUCUAUAUCAGUUAGUGCCCAAACUAGCAGUGUAGAAGAGGACAAUAGUUCUUUUGGCCCAACGAGUGUAGAUUCUUUCGAUAACUCUAAUUCUGACAGAGAAGAAGAGAUGGCUGACAAUAACGAUGAAAAUCGAGCUUUGGAAGAUUAUGCUCAACCGGUUAUACCAAAUUCCCCUUCGUGCAUCUUGCUGCCUACUGAAGCUAGAAAUUAUGAUCUCAAAUCUUCACAUUUGCACAUGCUUCCUUCUUUUUAUGGUUUACCUAACGUAGAUCCAUUAGCCCAUAUUAAGGAAUUCUACAAUGUUGUGAGUGGUUUACCUUUGCAGGGAGUGACUGAAGCAAAUCUGAGGAUGAGGGUUUUUCCUUAUACAUUGAAAGAUAGAGCAAAGGGUUGGCUAAUGACUUUAGCACCUGGUUCGCUCACCACUUGGGAUGCCGUAGCUAAGAAAUUUUUGGAGAAGUUCUUCUCUACUCAAAAGACAGCUACUUUGAGAGGGCAAAUCUUUAACUUUAAACAAGAUGAUGGAGAACCUUUCAAUGAAUGUUGGGAGCGUUUCAAAGGGCUGUUGCUGCAAUGUCCACAUCAUGGGUUACCUCUUUACUUACAAAUGCAAAUUUUUUAUGAUGGACUAACCCAAACAUGUCAAUCGACUGUUGAUAAUGCAGCAGGUGGAGCUUUGAAGAAAAAAAAUGCUCAAGAGUCAUAUAACAUUUAUGAGAUGUUGGGAUCUAAUGCUCAACACAAAGAUACAAGAGGUAAACGAGUUGGAGUGUAUAAAAUGAGUUCUAAUAAUGAUCUGGCCUUGCAGGUGGCUAGUUUGGAAAAGAAGCUCGAUUCUAUGAUCAAUAUGGUGCCUAAGAUAGCUGAGGUGUGUACCAUUUGCAACAUACCAGGUCAUCCAACUUAUCAAUGCUCGGCUAGUGACGCUUAUCCCGAAUUUGUUCAAGAGCAAGUGAAUCUCAUGAAUUCUUACAAUCAUAGGCCGAGGAAUGACCUGUUCUCUAAUACAUAUAACCCUGGUUGGAGAGAUCAUCCCAAUCUCUCAUGGAAGAAUAACAAUCAAUUUCAAAAUUUCCAACCAACGCCUGCCACUACGCUUGAAGAUACGGUCAAAAUGCUAGCUCAAAACACCGUUCAAUUCCAGCAAACUACCAAUAGUACUCUCCAACAACAUUCAGCUGCUCUAACCAAAAUGGAGACACAAUUAGGUCAGGUUGCUGAUGCUUUGAGUCAAAGAGAACCCGAAAAAUUUCCAAGUCAACCGGUGAUACUUCAAAGGAACCAAGAGCAAGCCAAAGCGGUCAUAACACUUAGAAGUGGUAAGGUUAUUAAUAAUGGAGUUGGCAAUGAAGUUACUAAUGAAUCUGAUCAUGUGAAUGCAGGUCCCACUCAAGAAGAGAAUAAGAAACCGAAUGACGAUCCAAGCAAUGCCACUUCUUCGUUUGAAGCUCCAAAUUUUCACAAGGCUGAAAAACCUUACUCUCCACCCAUUCCAUUUCCUGGAAGACUUGCCAAAAGCAAGCAGGAUAAGUCAUUUAAAGAAAUUUUUGAUAUAUUAAGUAAAGUGAAUGUUAAUUUACCUUUGCUUGAUGUCAUUAGGAAUAUGCCAGCGUAUGGCAAAUUUUUCAAGGAGCUAAACACUUAUAAGAGGAAGUAUGGACCUAAUGAGAAGGUGUUGGUAUCUGAAAAUGUGAGUGCUGUGCUUCAAAGAAAGCUCCCACCAAAACUCAAGGAUCCGGGCAGUUUUUCUAUCAAUAUCACCAUUGGUGACAAGCUAGUUGAAAAGGCUAUGCUUGACUUGGGGGCUAGCAUCAAUUUAAUGCCCUAUUCAGUGUAUCUUCAAUUAGGUUUGGGGGGUUUGAAGGCAACAACUAUUUCAUUGCAACUUGCUGAUCGAUCAGUGAAAUAUCCAAGAGGUAUAGUGGAAGAUGUCUUAGUUGAAGUUGACAAACUAAUUUUGCCUGCUGAUUUUGUAGUGUUGGACAUGGAAGAGGCUCCUCUACAUGAUCGUGAGUUACCUAUUUUGCUUGGGAGACCCUUUAUGGCCACGGCAAAGACGAUCAUAGAUGUGCAAAAUGGUCUCCUCACCAUGACUGUGCUAGGAGAAACUGUACAAUUCAAAGUGUUUGAAUCUCUUUCUCACCCUUCUAGUUCAAUUGAUUGUUGUUCGAUUGAUGUGCUUGAUUCACUUGUUUUCUCUAAGUUUUUGCUGCCAUAA